AGGAAAGGGAAACUAUCCUUCGUCAGAGCCCAGCCCGUUGCUGCUGCAGGCAGGCAGCGUUCCGUUGCCAGCACGCCAAAAAUAUUUUGGCUACCGUGAAUGGGGACGCUCCAAACCUUGGAAGGAGCUGAGUGCAGCAAUACAGUCACGGCUCCACUUCCACCAGCUACAAGAACAAAACAGUAAGUUGGUGGAUUUGAAGCUGAAGAAGCUCCUAGAAGCUCAGCCACAGGUGGCAAAUUCACUCUCCAGUGCUGCUCAGAAAGCUGUAACUGAUAGCUCCGAGCAAGACAUUAAGAAUGGAACAGAGGAACAUCGUGCUGAGCGAUUACAAAAAGCCGCAGAACGGUUUAGAAAUCCCGUUGUGUUCAGCAAAGACUCUACCGUCAGAAAAACUCAGCUCCAGUCUUUCAGUCAAUACGUGGAGAGCAGACCAGAGAUGAAAAGGCAGAGAUCAAUACAGGAAGAUACAAAGAGAGGAAAUGAGGAGAAGGCUGCGAUAACUGAGACUCAGAGGAAGCCAUCAGAAGAUGAAGUGCUUAAUAAAGGGUUCAAAGACACCAGUCAGUAUGUUGUAGGAGAAUUGGCAGCACUAGAGAAUGAGCAAAAGCAAAUUGACACCCGUGCCGCGCUGGUGGAGAAGCGCCUUCGCUAUCUCAUGGACACAGGAAGAAACACAGAAGAAGAAGAAGCUAUGAUGCAGGAGUGGUUCAUGCUGGUUAAUAAGAAGAAUGCCUUAAUAAGGCGAAUGAACCAGCUUUCUCUUCUGGAAAAAGAACAUGACCUAGAAAGGCGCUAUUUUUUUCCGGGAGCUGAGAGCGAUGCUUGCUAUCGAAG